GAUUGGUGCAGUAGGUCAGUCUGAGCUGUGAUUGGUGCGGUAGGUCAGUCUGAGCUGUGAUUGGUGCGGUAGGUCAGUCUGAGCUGUGAUUGGUGUAGUAGGUCAGUCUGAGCUGUGAUUGGUGCGGUCGGUCGGUGAAAGGACUACCUCACAGUGAAACAUCACAUGCAAACCCGGAGAUUCAAAGCUGCUUCCUGCCGCCGUCGCCUGAGGUGUCUUUAAAACAGGAUGUGUAAAACGUGCACUCUGGUCCUGCUGCUGCUUGCUGCAGUGUUUGGGGACGAACUGAGAGCGAAAACUUUUCAGCAUUAUGCAAUCACGGGGUCGUGGGGAUGGGCUCAGACCUACUGCAGGAAUCGCAACGCCGACCUGGUCACCAUCGCCGGUGAAAAAGAGAAUCAGGAGUUUGUGAACGGCCGAGGGUGGAUCGGUUUGCACCGAGAGAAUUCAGCCUCUGAGUGGAAAUGGUCCAAGAGAGACGAGAUCACCAACUUCACCAUCUGGAAGAGCGGUGAUCCGACAGACGGUGAGAACUGUGCGUUUAAGCAUUCAGGUACGGACAGAUGGGAGACUGAUCGCUGUGAAGCAGGCCACUCGUUCAUGUGUUUCGAGGAGAGGCUGGUUCUGGUGAAGGAGAACAAGUCGUGGGAGCAGGCCUUACAGCACUGCAGGGCUCUGGAGGCCGUGGACUCCAGUAGGCCGGCCACUGAUUACCAGAACCACCGCUUUGACCUCGCCACCCUGAGCACUCCAGAUGACCACGUCUACGCACAAGAAAAGGCCCAGUACGCCACCACGAAUGAGGUGUGGACGGGCCUGCGUUACCUGGCCGGUGAGUGGGUGUGGGUGGGCGGAGGAGAGGUGGAAUACGUCGAUAUUAAAAAUUGUCCGUCUCAAAGGGUUUGUGGCAACUUGAAGAGAGACGGCACCAAACUAUUCAACAUACGAGCCUGCAAGUAUAAAAGAAACUUCCUCUGCUCCAGGAAACCUUGAACACAUCAAUGAAUCUUAUUCUUCACAAAAUCUUCUCAUGUUUCAGUUCUCUGGUCACUGUCAGCUUCCCAAAAAGUAGUUUGACCUUUGUAACCCUUCGAACUCUGCAAAAGGAAAGGUCCUGCAGUGUCUACAUCUUUUGAUUACUGAGUAUCUUCAAAUGCCUCAU